AUGGAUCCCGGUUUUGGAGCCGCUCUGCUCUGCUCUGAUGAUUUCCUUACCCUUCUGCCUGGCAUGGAGGAAUGCCAAGAGGAGAGCAAAGAUUUAAAAGUAUUUUGGUACCCAGAAAUGAAUAAUUCCGACGGAAGUUUGAGACCCAUCUCCUCCGGCUCUUUUCCAGCACAACCACAAUCGAUUCCAGAUAAGAUCAAGUCCUUACUUCUGUCGCUGGGAGUUUUUGGGUCAACGUUAGUGCAGUUCUGGGCACCCGUAACCACAAAGACCGGCCAGACAGUGCUAUCUGUGGUAGGACAACCGUUUGGCGUCAGUCAACUUUAUAUUGGAUUCUGCAGAUAUAGGUACCAUUGCAUCCAACAAGGGAGUUCGGUCAAUGAUGUCAGUCAACUCGGUCAUCUGGGAAGGGCGUUCCUUGGUAGAUCUUCUGAAGUUUGUGAUGACAUAGAAAGUGGGUGCACCAUAGAUGAGUUUCCAAUGAAAGAAUUCGCUAAGAACUGCGGCAUUAUAAGUUGUCGGGUUGUUCCACUUUUCGAACCGAGUAAUCAUCGGGACCGCUGUAUUGGAGUACUUGAGCUUGUUUCUCUUUCCAAAAUUUCUUUUUCAGCAUUCACUUCUGUUGAGAACGAAGACUUUUUGUGCACAAGGCCCCAUUGCCAGGAAUGCGAAGCUUUUUAUGGGAAGUCAAUCAUUUCGGCAUAUGAUCUUCUGGCUACUUCUCUAUACCGAGUGCAGAAACGAUGUAGUGUUCGCUUCUGGGUUCCAUGCAUUUGUGAUGAUGAACCCGGGGCUGAUUCCCAAUAUCAGGAGGAUAACUGCACUCUGUUAAAUGCCCCCAAAAGGAUUUCUCAAUUCUUUUGCGAAUGGCCAUUGGACAGCUGGGAUACAGAGUAUGAGUUGGAUAGAUUAGACUUCGAACGUCAAACUUUCUUUUUGAGGAAUGGAAAAAGUUGGGUUGAAAGAGCGCAUUCGCUAAACAAGCUUUGUUUCAUUAGUGACACUAGCCCAUGGACCCUCUCUGAUUACCCAAUUGGUAAUUUGAGAAAUUUUUGCAGGUUUGCGAUCCCCUUGAAAUUAAUUCAUACCAAGCUUCCUCCUGUAAUAUUAGAAGUCCUUUGGCACGACUUUCAUAUGGAUGUACUAGAAAAUAGUCUAAAGGAUCUUCUUAAGGAUAUUUUAGAUUUACUAUUCUCUGAGUUUGCCAGACGACUUUCCAAGUAUAAGGACAUUACCUUCGGAACCAAGAAAUUCUCAGUUGAAUUCUCCCACCACGAUGUCCCUAAGUAUGUCUACUUUGAUGUAUCUGAAAUAGGAAAUGGAACAGAGCAACACUUUCAAGCGGCAGAUCAACCACUCUCCUUAGAAGAUAAUGUUCAAUAUCCCGAGACUGAUACUACAAUUUUCAUUGAUAUGACAACAAUACCAUCGUCUACAAAAGCCGAUGCUCAAAUCAAUGCAACUCAUACCCAGACUGACGGAUUCAAUGCAGAGGCAGAAACUUUCCAAAGCCAUGAUGAUUCAGGGGAUGGAAAACUUCCGGAUCUUUCGUCACACCAUGAUCAACAAACAACCAAGGAAGCUGGUGUUCACCAUACCAAUAAAGAAGCUAUGACUAAGAAGGGAGUCAAAAUUGAGAUCGACUAUGACAGAAUCGAACAAUGUUCUGGCAGAAAAGUAGAAGAUGCUGCAAGAGAACUUGGGGGUGAUCAUUUUCCCAAAUUCUUUUAUUUUCUUUCGUCUUACAUCUCCAACUCAUUUCAUUACAUGGUUAUUAUUUUUGUUAAACCAUUCCGCUUUAUCUCUUUUGUAGUUAGUCGUUCCACUCUGAAACGUAGGUGUCGAGAUUUGGGUAUUAAAAGGUGGUCAUCGCACAAGAAAAAUAAGGCCCACUACAUUCCAGAAAAAGGUUCCACUCAAACGCACAGUAUGAUUGUCAAGGCAACAUACAGAGAGGAUGCAGUGAAGUUUGAUUUGGGCAGCACUUCAGCAUUCGGUGAGCUGGUGGAAGCCUUGAAGAAAAGAUUCGAUCUGGUACCGAACAAGUUCAAAAUAAAAUAUGAGGACAAGGAGGAUGGUUGGAUUAAGAUGGCUUGCGAUGAAGAUUUACACUUUCACUUAAAGGAUUUAAUAUCAGCUGGGGAGACUAGAAUGAAUUUGAAGGUUUUUCCUGAAACAGAGUAUGUUUCUUUAGGUGAUGGAGGCGGGUUGGUGAAUCAUGAGGAUGCUCUGUUUAUUGAUCCGAAAAGGUCACCUGCUUUGACUAAUCAAGAAAUAGUACGCCGCGUUACAUCGGCCUUGGGUGCAAUCCACAAUGUUGUUGAGGAGGAAUCAUCUUUGGAGAAUCGAAAUGAACACCAAUCAACGCCUUCGAACCUAUUUCAAACACCAUCAGUUAUUUCUGCAUCAAGAGAUCAGGAACAGAGGCACAAUCGGCAUUCCAGUGAGCAGCUGAUAACUCGAAAUUUUCAAGCACCGUAUGAUAAUGAAUCAGACAUUAAUAAAGGCCAUACGUUCAAUGGGAAACAACGUGACAAUGCAAUUUGGUCAUUCCAGUUUUUCAGUUGCGAAGAGCAAAAAGUCAUCGAUUAUGCAUUUGGAGAAGGGGAUGAAAGACGUGUGGUUAUCCUUGAUUCUUUAGCAGGAAGAGAUAACCGAAGUAAAGCAGAUGUGGAAUUUGUGAUUAGGGUGUUGCAAAAUAUUUUUGUAGCGGUUUUUACCAAAGAAUACCAAGAUGACAUGACUAGGUUUCCAGUUGAGGAGCCAAUAUGGGUACCCAAACAGUCUAAUGGGUGA